AGGGUGACACAGCCCCUCAGCCGCCGCCGCCGCCCGGUCCCCUCCCCGCUCCCUCCUCCCGGGCCCGGCUAUUGGCUGUGUCGCCGCCUCCGGCCUCUGUUAUUAUUCGAAUAUAAAUACAGCGCUGCGGCUGCGGCUGGAUGUGACUCCGAGUCCCCGGGAGUGUGCGCCCUGUCCCCGGGAGUGUCCCCGCUGCUCCCCGUCCCUGCUAUGUUCCUCCAUCCCUAGCCUCCGCUUCUGCUGCGUUAUCACUGCGACUUCUGCACCCGGGACCAUGGAGAUGGAGAAGAUGCUGAAUGACUUCAGCCCCAGCCGAGGACAGGGGGCCCCAUGCCGCCCCCAUACACUGCUGCCCUGUGGCCUGAGCGGGGGCAGGAGCCUGCUGCCUGCAGAGAAUGGAGUCCUGUCCCCCGUCACUAGCCUGGCCUUCAACAUGAACCAGCUGGCCGGCCUGGGGAGCUUGGCCGAUACGCCAAAGAGAAAACCGGGGAUGACCUACCCGAGCCUUUCCUCCCUGAUCCGCACCUCUUCCUCCGAUUCCUCCGACUCUGGUCUCUGUUUGGAUUAUCCAAGCCCGCUGGACCCAGAUGCCCCCCUGGAAACGUUUGAGAAGACUAUUUUUGAAGCUGGGCCGCUGCACAAUGACUUCAAGCUGCCGCUCCGGAGAAGACAGUCUCUGCCGGUGACCUUUCUGGGUGGCAGCCCGGCCCUGCGGAAACUCCCCGACACGUGUGACCUGGAUGCCGCAGGCCCCCUGGACAGCGGCCCUGCAGCCAUCUACAACAAGGAGAAUGAAGUGUUUUUGUUCAAAAGGCCGCACAUGUUCCCGGUCUCCCAGAGCCGCACACGCAGCGAGGAGGCCAUCGCAGGACGGCCGAGCUCGGCGCCCACUCUCAUGUUUUCUCCAGAAAAGAAGCAGCUUCAGGUGGAUGAUGAGAGCCCUGUCCGGCUACGCAAGUGCUCCCUCACCUACUCGGUACACGACGAUGACGAUGAUGGAUUCAUGGAGAUCAUGGAUGAUAAUGAGAAUGGAAAGGGUGAGCCGAACCUCCCGUCCGGAAUGGAGAACCUGCUGACCGCGCCCUUCGUGAAGAACGACGCUGAACUGGUGAUUAGAAGUAAAUGUCGCCGCCUGUUCCGCUCUCCUUCCAUGCCCAGCAGCGUCAUUCGGCCCAUCCUGAAACGCCUGGACAGGCCGCCGGAUAACGAUACGCCAGUGAAAUCUAAGAGACAUAAAAAUGUGACCUCCGCUUCCUUUGAUGUCAGCGAACCUGAAAAUGAGGAGCCGAAACCGAAGUUGUGCCGGUCAAAGUCUCUGUGCCUGACGGCGGUGGAGCAGAUCCUGGACAGCGAUGAGAGAGAUUUGAUUGGUGACUCGUCCAAGACCUAUUUGUUGAACACAGUAAAAGGCACCUAUCAGGAUUUGAAGUACAUCAGUCCGGAAAUGAUGGGCCAUGUGCUGAGCGGGAAGUACCAGGAUCGCAUUGAGCGCUGCGUCAUUGUAGAUUGCCGAUACCCGUAUGAAUAUGAAGGGGGUCACAUCAAGGGGGCAGUAAAUCUCCCGCUGGAGCAGGACGUGGAAGAGUUUCUUCUGAAGAACCCGAUCGUGUCAUCCAGCGAAGAGAAGCGGGUCAUCGUCAUCUUCCACUGUGAAUUCUCCUCCGUGAGAGGACCCCGCAUGUGCCGUUUUAUUAGGAGACAAGACAGGAACAGCAACGAGUACCCAAAACUCCAUUACCCGGAGCUGUAUGUGCUGAAAGGAGGGUACAAAGACUUCUUCCCCAGCUACCAGUCCCACUGCGAGCCCCAGUCCUACUGCCCCAUGGACCACGAGGACUUCAAGGAACAUCUGAAGCUCUUCCGCUCCAAGAGCAGGACGUGGGCUGGAGACAAGAGCAAGCGUGAGAUGUACAACCGGCUGAAGAAGCUCCAGUGACCCCGGGCAUCGAGGGUCUCUUCUCCGUCUGUUUUUGGACUUGUUCAAGCAAAACAGGGCAGGUCCCUAAGUCUCCAUGGAUAACAGUUAUAACCCAUACCGGGAGCCUACACUGAGCCACCCUCGUCUUUCCCAAGAGGACAUCAGUGACGGUGACAGUGGUCUUCCGUCCUGGAUAAAGUCACCACACUGGACUCGUUAAGCCUAUCAGUGUCUACCACUAACAUAUCCUCUGUAACGAAGACCUAACCGCCCCAGGGCCACCGUUACAUCCACUGUGCUUCAUGUGUGGAACUGUGUGCACCAGAUCUGGCCUGGUUUCCCUGCUAUGGACUGGCUCUUUCAGGGGACACUUAUGGCUUACCUCUUACAUUACCUGUUGGCCUUUCUGCAAGGAGAAGAGUUUGGAUGGAGUUGUAUGUUGGACAGAUUUGUGUGUUUGUUUCUGUCUGUGUAUAUUGUUGCACUUGCACUUUUAUGAGUAUUAUUAGGCUGUUAUUGGCCUAAACAUUGCACGGUCCUGCUAAGAGGUCAACCAUGCGCAGCUGCCACUGCCCCUGCCUGCAAGUCAUGCCCCACCCCUAAAGUCUAUUCUGUCCCCAGCCCGCAAGCCACACCUUGCCCCUAAAGUCUAUUCCGCCCCCAGCCCACAAGUCACACCCAGUCCCUAAAGUCUAUUCCACCCCCAGCUUGCAAGUCACACCCAGUCCCUAAAGUCUGUUCCGCCCCAGCUCACAAGCCACACCCAGUCCCUAAAGUCUGUUCCGCCCCCAGCCCGCAAGUCACACCCAGUCCCUAAAGUCUAUUCCACCCCCAGCCCGCAAGUCACAUCUUGCCCCUAAAGUCUAUUCCGCCCCCAGCUCGCAAGUCACACCCAGUGCCUAAAGUCUGUUCCGCCCCCAGCUCGCAAGUCACACCCAGUCCCUAAAGUCUGUUCCUCCCCCAGCCCGCAAGUCACACCCAAUCCCUAAAGUCUAUUCCGCCCCCAGCCCGCAAGUCACACCCAGUCCCUAAAGUCUAUUCCGCCCCCAGCCCACAAGCCACACCCAGUCCCUAAAGUCUGUUCCGCCCGCAGCUCGCAAGCCACACCCAGUCCCUAAAGUCUGUUCCGCCCCCAGCCUGCAAGUCACACCCCUAAAGUCUAUUCUGCCCCCCCAGCCGCAAGCCAUGCCCCUAUCCCAUGUCUAUUCUGCAGAAUAGAACCCGAUGGUGUUUCCCCACUUUAUAUUAAUCAGAAAUAUUACAUGUAUAAUAUUAUUCUUUUAUCUAUUUUUAUAUUGCUUUAUAAACAUUUUUUUUUUUUACAGAAUCUGGCAAAAUCUGGUCUCCCUGUAGUUAUGUAUGUACAUAUAUAUCUAAUGUAUGAAUUGGAACAUGAGCUGCUUCUGCCCCAAUAUUAAUAUAAGUAGCAGACGUCUGGCAAACCGAACAAUGAUGGCAGCUGUAUUCUAAUACCAGAGACUGGUAACAAGGGAACGGCGGGGCUCGCCUCCCUCCAAACUCGCUCUACAAGUAAACGUUGCCAAACCAGAUUAAUGUAUCUGCAAUUCCUAUAUCUCGGAACAAACAUCUGUGUGUAUUCUCUCCAGCCAGGAGGUGUGAUAUGCAAAUGAGGUUAGAAAGCAGACGCCCAGCGUGGAGUGAUGUGAAUAAGCCCCGCUCAGAUAGAUCCUCGUCGAUCAGCUGAGCACGUGUCGGAUUUGUAUAGAGAUCCAUGACGUAUCAAAAGCUGCCGGAUCAUUAGAUUCUCAUAAACACAGAUUCACGGGAAAUCAAGCUACAAAAAAAAGAAAACAAAAAGCACUUUCACCGAUAUUUUAUUGCCAGAUUCUAUGAAGGAAAUGAUUCGCUUCCCGCACCGAUGAUUUUGUUGUAAUAUUAUUUCCCCGCCCAGAAUUUUGCUCCCAAUUCUGUGCAUUUUACCUCCUUAUAUUUAACGAUAAUUGAGACUAUUUGAAUCAUUUUUUUAAAGUUUUCUCCAUGACCCAAUUUUGUAUUUUCCUAUUACUUAGGAUAAAGAGAUUCAGAGACCUGUUACCAUCUGAUGUAACACACUAUAUUAUCUUAUUAUCUGCUAUAAUUUAUGGUAUAUCUUAUUUAUAUUGUUUGCACAAUUAAAAAAAAUAAUCCCCCCCCCCCCCCCCCCUUUAAUCAAAAUGUUUAAUGUAAUAAUUACAUGGAAGCAUCUGUUGGUAUUGCCCCCCCUGUGUGAGACAUCAUGUUAUUACCUGCUUGAAACGUGUUGCAUCCUCCCCCCUACCCUCCCCCCCCCCAUGCUUUGCCGUGCACAUUUACAGGUGUGAUAUUCAGGGAUAAUAAAAUCUGCU